CUGUCGCAGGCCAUGGGGUGACCCGUUCCUGCCUGUGGUCAGCAGGGCAGGGCAGGAGAUAAGAGGGAGCCGCGUCCUGAGCCCAGUGAUCGAGUGCCGGGGCUGUCCCUGCAGACCACACCUCGCACGGACCCGACCCCAUGGAGGGACCGACCCCCCGCGGGGACCCCCAGCGCGCCCCAGCCAAUGGCCCCACGGGGAGGAGCUGCUCCAGGGGAUAAAAGCCUGCGUGGGGUCCGCAGCGCAGCCACGGGUCCGUGUCCUCCUCCUGCCGCCGCCGCAGCCUCCGCCGCCACCAUGGUGCACUGGACAGCCGAGGAGAAGCAGCUCAUUGCCAGCCUCUGGGGCAAGGUCAACGUGGAGGAAUGCGGAGCCGAGGCCCUGGCCAGGCUCCUGAUCGUCUACCCCUGGACACAGAGGUUCUUUGACAACUUCGGGAACCUGUCCAGCCCCACGGCCAUCAUCGGCAACCCCAAGGUCCGUGCCCACGGCAAGAAGGUGCUCACCUCCUUCGGGGAGGCCGUCAAGAACCUGGACAACCUGAAGGCGACCUACUCCAGGCUGUCGGAGCUGCACUGCGAGAAGCUGCACGUGGACCCCGAGAACUUCAGGCUCCUGGGAGACAUCCUCAUCAUCGUGCUGGCCGCACACUUCACCAAGGACUUCACCCCUGCCUGCCAGGCCACUUGGCAGAAGCUGGUCGGUGUGGUUGCCCAUGCUCUGGCCUACAAGUACCAUUAAACCCCCCGCAGGGCGAUGUGGCUGUGACAGUCAAUAAAACCCCACAAUUUCUGCA